AUGUAGCUUUACUUGAAAGAAAGCAUUCUUAACAGAUUGAUAUUUAGUAAUGAACUUUGAAAUAACGCGCUGAUUUUUAUUUUGAUGUUAUGGUACACUUCAGUCUCAUUCAUACAUGCUCAUGAAGUUAUUCGCAAACGUCUUUUGAUUGAUGGUGAUGGUGCUGGUGAUGACCGACGUAUUAACUUGCUAGUAAAGACCUUCUUUAAAUGGUGCAAUUCUGGAUCCCAUGAAGAAGGGUAUAGUCAGUAUGAGCGUAUGCUUGGUAUAUUAGCACAAUGUGAAUUUUCAAUGGGAAAAACUUUGCUUGUAUAUGACAUGAAUCUUCGAGAAAUGGAGAAUUAUGAAAAAAUCUACAAAGAAACAGAAAGCAAUAUAAUGGCAGCUCAUGAGAAGAUUGCAGAAUGCAAAAAACAGAUUCAGCAAGCAAAGCGAAUACGGAAAAACAGACAAGAAUAUGAUGCACUUGCCAGAGUGAUACAAACUCAUCCAGACAGACAUGAAACAUUAAAACAGCUGGAAGCUUUGGGAAAAGAAUUGCAACAUCUUUCUCGCAUUAAGGAGAGUGUUGAAGACAAGCUGGAGUUGAGGAGGAAGCAGUUCCAUGUUUUGCUCAGUACUAUCCGAGAACUUCAACAGACCCUAGAAAAUGAUGAAAAGCUUUUAGAAGCUGAUGAUGUCCAAGAAACACGAAUGGAUACUCAGUAAACCAGCAAGAAAUACUAGUCUUUAUACUGAAUUCCUUUUUUUGGUUUAUAUUUGUAUACUUGAGCAUUGUUUUUGUAAAAUACUUUUCAUUUUAAGAAAAUUGUGAUCAUUAAUCUUCUUUAUGGUUGGCAGCAUCUGGCUUGCUUUGUUAACUUAAUGGCUGUUUAGUUUUAAAACUAAACUGUAGGAAAACAGUAGAACUUAUCCAAGGAAAUGGAAGUAUUUAAUUUGUUAUACAUUUGUGUUUUAGUGAGUCUUUAUCAGUAAGUUUAAAAUAAAACAUCCAGGCAGAUAUUUUUGGAGAUAUUUUUUUAAUUCUUUAGUUUGCCUUAAGUAUUGUUUCACAUAAUGAACUUUAUGAAAUGCAUUUUA